AUGGCAUCCAAGCUGUGCAUUUUUACAGCGCUAAGUGCUCUGCUUGGAGCUGCGCUGGCAACACCAUCCGCAGGACGCACGGACCGUGGAUGGAUUUUGAAAAUGGAUCCACAAUCUGUAACAACUUGCCUUGAGGAGUCUGCAAACUUUUUACUUCUCGUAACUGGGAUUGGCGAGGAUAAAACUAAUGUUAACAUUGGAUGGGACGCCGACGAAGCGAUAAGCAUUCAACCACCAUCCAUCGUAAUUGCUGGGUCCGAGAGCAGAAACAUUACCGUUCAGGUUUCUUCAACGCAACAGGGUCGAUUCCUGAUACGACCCACGUUCAUGCCAAACGACCAAAUCGAAGACAAUGGUCGGCUCUUUGUGCAGGUAAAGGUGGCCAAGCAUCGCUCGCUGAUAAUCAUAUCGAUGCUCAUCGGUUGGACGUACACGUUGUGUUGGACAAUUGGCGAUUAUUUUCAAGCCUGGACCAGCUACAAGCGCAAAAGCGUGGUAGGGUUGAGCUUCGACUUUUUGCAUCUGAACAUAGUCGGCAAUAUAUGCUACGCGACGUUCAACGUUGUCCUGUUCUGGAACGAGCAUGUCGAGUCGGAAUAUUUUAGGCGCCACCCAUUUGGACUGAAUCCCGUGGUACCGAAUGACGUUGGUUACGCAGUUCACGCCGUUUUUGGUAAUCUCGUCCUGAUUGCACAGUGCUACAUUUACCACAGUGGCGGGAAUCUUGUCUCCAUGCCGGUGAAAGUACUCAUGACAGGCUAUCUGAUACUUGUUGGCAUAUUCUGCAGCUUGGCAGCGGAACAGCAAAUACACUGGCUCGAUUUCUUGUACAUACUGAGCUACGUAAAGCUGUCCACGAAUUUGAUCAAAUACAUACCGCAAGUAUUCAUGAACUAUCGACGGAAAAGCACGGAAGGUUUCGCCAUCUCGAACCGCAUGCUCGAUCUCGCCGGUGGACUGUUAAGCUUGACGCAGAUGGCGUUAAAUGGAUGGAAUUAUGAUGACUGGCAGUCGAUCGUUGGAAGUCCGGACGAGUACUAUCGUAGGCACCGGUUUGGGUUGAACCCGGUGAUUCUGAAUGACAUUGGCUUUGCCGCUCAUGCUGUGUUUGGCACCGGAUUCACAAUUUUGCAGUGCCGGAUGUACGACAAUGGGGGCAACAGUGUCUCCAGGCCGGCGAAAGCGAUCAUCUGGUUGUACCUGAUGAUCAUCGUCGUCACCAUGUGCGCGGCAGCGUUAGAUGUCAUGCAUUGGUUAGAUUACUUGUAUGUACUCAGCUACAUAAAGCUUUCCACGACGAUGGUGAAAUACUUCCCGCAAGCGUACAUGAACUAUCGCCGCAAGAGUACGGAGGGGUUCGAGAUUAUGAAUCGGCUCCUGGAUCUUGCCGGGGGUUUGUUUAGCAUACUGCAAAUGGUGAUAAAUGCCUGGAAUUUCGACGACUGGAAGUCUAUUGGAGGCGACCCCGUUAAGUUUGGUUUGGGAAUAUUUUCUAUUUUAUUCGAUUUCGUGUUCAUGUUCCAGCACUACAUCUUGUACAGAAAUCGAAAGCCCAUCAACCAUCUGGAACUUUCAGAACCGGAAAAACCACUGAAUAGAUGA